AUGUCACAAACCGAUACUUUUUUAAAUCAAGUAUGGACGGAUGUAUCCAAUGCAAUGCGUCGUAUGUUCGAACUUCAACCGCUGACCAUAGCUACGAUGAUGAAACUAUAUAAUGAUAUAGAUACAUAUUUUAAGAGUUCAGAACGUGAUAAUUUGAUAUUAAGAGCAUCGACAAACAAGCCAAAUACAACUAAUGAUUCAAAACAAAAAGACAAUCAAGCAAAAGGCAAAGAAAAUGAUAAAUCAAAUGAAUCAAAACAAAAAGAUGAUCAAGAAAAUGAUAAAGAAGUUGAUACAAUUAUUCCUGGUGGUGAAUUAUAUUUUUAUUUGAAGAAUUUUCUCAAACAAUAUCUUACAACAAUACAUGCAAAUGGAAACAAUUUAGUAGAUGAAGAUUUUCUCCGAUUUUAUGGUAAAACCUGGGAGAUAUAUCAACUUGUAUGUCAAGUCAUGAACAAAUCAUUUACUUCUAUGAAUAAUAACUGGAUAGCUCGUCAGCGUGAAAAAAAUAAUAAUCAAAAUAUUUAUGAUGUUUAUACAAUGUCAAUGCAAAUGUGGCAAGAUAUAUUUUUCAAAGAAACUACUCAAUCAUUAGCGCAAACUUGUCUGAAAUUAAUCAAAAAAGAACGUAAUGGAGAAAAAGUUGAAUCAUCUUUAAUUCGUCAAGUUUUGCAAAGCUAUGUAUCGGCUGGUUUUACUGAAGAUGAAAGAAAAAAUAAAAAUCAUAAAACAACAAUAACACCUUCGCUUUCAACAUACGUAGAAUAUUUUGAAAAGCAAUUCAUUAAAGAAACUGAAGAAUAUUACCUACUCGAGUCGCAAAAUUAUAUCGAGGAAAAUUCUAUUAAUGAUUAUAUAAAAAAAGUCAGUGAACGUCUUGAUCAAGAAGAAAAACGUGUAAGAGAUUAUUUACAUCCAACAACUUUAGAAAAGUUAAUACCAAAAAUUGAAGAAAUACUUAUUUCAAAACAUAUUGAUCGGAUACAAGAAGAAGCAAUAAAACUAUUACAUGUUGAAAGAACUGGAGAUUUACGCAUUGCACACGGAUUGAUUACUCGAAUUAGAGAUGCUAAUAAGCCAAUACAGAAAGAACUGGAGAAUUUUACAUAUCAAACUGGUUUGGAUGCAAUUGACAACAUAAAAGCUACUGUAAAUAAGGAACCUAAAAGUUAUGUUGAAGCUAUUCUUGAAGUUCAUGAACGAUUUUCUAGAAUUGUUAUGGAAGGAUUUUGUGAUGAACCUGGUUAUAGGGUUGCUUUUGAUAACGCUUGUGGCAAAUUUAUCAAUGGUAAUGCAGUUACAAAAGCAGCUCGUAGUGGUUCAGGCAAAUCAGCUGAAUUAUUAGCAAAAUACUGCGAUACACUUUUAAAAAAAGGAAAUAAAACUGAGGAAAAUGAUAGUGACAAUAAAAUUGGUCAGAUUAUGGUAGCUUUUAAUUAUAUCCAUGAUAAGGAUGUUUUUCAAAAAUUUUAUGGUACAAUGUUAGCUAAACGUUUAGUUCAACAAUCGAGUGCAUCAGAUGAUAAUGAAGAAUUAGUCAUUACAAAACUAAAAGAAGCUUGUGGUUUUGAAUACUCAUCAAAACUACAACGAAUGUUUCAAGAUAUUCGAAUUAGUACACAUUUGAUUGAAGAAUUUAAAAAAGAUUGUGAAAUAAAGGGAAAGGAUAUUAUCGACGGUUUUGGUGUUAUGGUUCUUACUUCAAAUGCAUGGCCGUUUAGAUCACCAUCUGCUUUCAGUCUACCAAAUCAACUUCAACCAACAUACAGCCUUUUUACAGAAUUUUACACGAAAAAACAUUCAGGUCGUAAAUUAGAGUUGAUUCAUGAACAUUCAAAAGGAGAAUUACAGACAUUAUAUACUAAACCAAAAUAUAUUUUACAAGUAUCAACGUAUCAAAUGGCUAUUUUACUUUUAUUUAAUAAUGUCAAAAGUAUGACUGUUGAAUCAAUUUCUGAUGCUUCUCAGAUUGAACCAGAAUUAUUCAGACCAGUUCUUUUGAUUUUAUUAAAAAGUCAAGUAUUAAAAUGUUCAAAAAUCACUGUCAGUGAAGAAUUGAAAGAAAGUGAUAUUAAAAACGAUUAUAUGAUUGAAGUUGAUGAGAGCUUUAAAAGUAAAAAAGUCAAAAUUAAUUUAAAUCAAGCGGUAAAAUUAGUCGAACAAAAAGAUGCUGAAAACGAUGGUCAAAAAAUUGAAGAAGAACGAAACUUUCUUAUUCAAGCUGCAAUUGUUCGAACAAUGAAAGCUCGAAAACAAUUAGAUUAUAAUUCAUUAAUAGAACAAAUUAUUCCACAAUUAACUUCAAAAUUUCAGCCAAAAAUUCUCAUGAUUAAAAAAUGUAUUGAACUAUUAAUUGAAAAAGAAUACCUAGAACGUGAUGCAAAAGAUAUAACUCUUUAUCGUUAUUUACCUUAG